AUGGAUUACCUGUCGGUACCCGAUAGUCCGCAACAACCUCGACGGCGUGAUUUGGAUGUACCAAAAAUGUGGAACGAGCUACGUAAGAAGAGCAUCAGCGAGUUGAGUCUAGUGUUCGAUAUAUUCCGCGGACGAAGUCCAUCCACCAGUCAGGUAAUGCACCCCGAAAGGGAGCGAGCUUGUCAGUCGACUGGUAAUCUUCAGACACCGCCAAAAGCGGGACAUCGUCGACGGCGGAUGCAACGCACUUGGAAGGCGCUAUCCGCUGCCAACCUUGCUCGGCACUACGUCCUUGUUCAAGAGGAGAAGGCGAUGCAAGCGGUACCCACUGCGCCUAUCGACGCCAAUAAAUUCGUCGCCUACGUGACCGAGCGACGGAAAAAGCGAAUACUGUUCAAAGGAGAAUAUCUUGACACUCUACCGUACGACUACAAUCGGGUCAUCCUUCCACGUUUGCCAUGUGAUGCGAAUUCCGCAUACAUUCAUGCUAAAGUUGGUUUGAGGGAAAAAGCCUACGUGGUCACUCAAGCGGUUCGUACGAAGCCGAUGAAUGUCGAAUUUUGGCGAAUGGUCUGGGAACUCGGUUCGAAUUGCAUAGUUAUGCUGACCAAAGUGUUCGAUUUUAUGCGGGUAAUGUGCCUCCAGUAUUGGCCACUAACACGGUUCACAUUUGGUGAUAUUGAAGUGGAGACAAUCGACACUCAUACCUAUGCACAUUUUAUUCUAGAG